CCUAUCAACACUGUGAUCCUUUCUCAGAGAGAUGGCUUCAGUCAACACCAGUCAAGAUAAAAACGAAAACAACGAGGAAGCAGCCCGUGCUGCAAUUGCAGGUAAACCAGUUUCUUCAACCCUUGUGGCAAUUGUCUAAAGCAGAUAGGAUGCUCAGAAUUAGGUAUUUGAUUUGUUGUCAAAGGCACUUGAUUUUAAGAUCUUUGACAUAUUUAUCUCAGCCAUGCAAAACAGUUACAGCAAAAGUUGGACAUUGUUCAGACCCAUUUUCCAGGAGUAUUCUAAACACUCCAAUCAGAACCUACAGCAAAUCCCUUUCAGCUUAUAAUUGGCUAUCAUCUCCAGAGGUUCAUGGAAGAAAACUCACAUCAACUGACUUUGACAUUGAUUCUCAUGAUAAUAUAGGAACUAUCAACAGCAAUGAAGAUAGUUUUGGAAAUAUGAGCAAAACCCUUUCAUCCAGAAAAGUAUUUCGCAAAACAUCACCUGAUUUACAGGAUUUGCAAUUUAGGGAUACAGAGGAUGUCAAAGAAGAAUUUGAGAUGCCUUCCAAGCCAGUCAGAAGAAAUACACCUUACUGGUACUUUCUGCAAUGUAAGAAGCUAAUCAAGGAUGGUCAGCUUCCUGAGGCCUUGGACAUGUUUGAGACUCAAAUGUUGAAAGGUGAACACAUCCCCCCAGAAGAAUAUAACUACACAGUGUUGAUUGGAGGCUGCGGAAGGGCAGGAUACAUCAAAAAAGCUUUAAAACUGUACAAUGAUCUGAAGAAGCGAGGCCUUGUUCCCACUGAUGCCACUUAUACAGCCCUGUUUAAUGCCUGUGCAGAAUCCCCUUGGAAGGACUCGGGCCUGCAGCAUGCCCUGAAAUUGAGGCAAGAGCUGAAAGCAAAGAAUAUUCAGUUCAACUUAACGACCUACCAUGCCAUCCUCAAAACCUUUGCUGUUUGUGCUGAUCUUAAAGGCUCCUUUGAUGUGUUGAAGGAAAUAGUGGAGCAAGGACAUGGAGUCACACGAGAAACCUUUAACUUGCUUCUCAUUGCCUGUAUAAAGGAUAAAGAGCAAGGUUUCAGAUAUGCUUUACAAAUUUGGCAUCAGAUGUUAAAGCUAGAAAUAACACCUGACAUCUAUAGCUACAACUUAAUGCUCCGCGCUACCCGGGAUUGUGAUAUAGGUGACGUGGGAAUGGCCUCUCGCAUUCUCUUGGCAGGAAAUGAAGAAAAAUGCACAAAAUCUACAAAGAGGAAAAAUCAAUGGAUCACCAAGGGUCAACAUGAAAGAAAAAACAGAGCAGUUAUUGAUAUUAAAAUGCUGGAAGAGCAGAUAUUUGGAAUUGCUGGUGUAGAGAAAGAAGAGCACACAACAUUGCAGAAGGAUGAACACCCAUGCAUAAAAAAGAAAAGUGAGGACUUUUUCCAAAGAAGAGAUACGAAUAGCACUAACAUAACUGAAGAGCUUAGCGGUGAUUUGGUGCCCAUCAAAAACAUAAGCGUUUUAACCAAAUCAGAAACAGAUUCUGAUUUUCAAAUACCUAAUCUGCUUGAUCUAAGAGUGAAUAACAAGAACAUAAUCUCCCUUGGACAUGUGGUUACACCAAGUGAUAAGCUUUCCCUCAUAGGAUGCAUGGAUGGAUUUUUAGGCAAAAUGAAAGAGCAUAGUGUAGCCCCAGACAUUAAAACUCUAACUUUAUUGGCUGAAAUAGUGCAGUCAAAGAGUUAUGCAGAGUCCAAGUUGCUGUCUGUGUUUAAAGACUACAAUCUAAAGCCUGAUGUCUCUUUCUUUAACACUCUGAUAAGGAAAAGGUCUAGAUUAGGUGAUCUGGAAGGGUCCAAGGCUCUUCUUCCAGUGCUGGUUGAUCAUUCUCUGGCUCCCAACCUGCAUACUUUCAAUGCUUUGGCAACAGCAUGUACAAAAAAGAAGGAUGGAUUACAACUUUUGGCAGACAUGAAAAUAUCUGGUGUGACCCCCAAUGUCUAUGUGUAUGGUGCACUCAUAAGAAAUGCUGUUAAACAGCUGGAUUAUGUGUUUCUCACUGAGAUCCUGAAAGACAUGAAGGUAAACAAGGUUUCUCCCAAUGAAGUUAUUAUUCGGCAGCUGGAAUUUGCAGCACAAUACCCAGCAAAAUUCAACAGAUACAAGGCAAAAAACACCUAUUUGGAAAAGAUUGAUGGAUUCCGUGGUUACUACAAGUACUGGUUGAAGACAACUUCUGCCGAAGAGACACCACACCCCUGGGAGAAGUUCAGAAAAGUCCACAAACAUGUUUCAGUAGAUGAGAAUGAGGGAGUUAGCAAAGCAGCUCACAGGACAUAAUAUGAACUAUAAUUUUUAUAAUGCAAAAUAAAAAGCACAUAAGUAGAA